AUCGCUGGGAGCCGGGAUUCUCCCGUACCGUCCGGUUUCCGGUAUGAGGAGCUUACCGCCUGGAGUCCAGGGCUUCAGCGUCAUUUGCGUACUGCAAAGCAAAAACCGCAAGUGUAGUGCGUAUGUCGAAGCCGUGAAUGCCGUGGCUGCGGUUUGUGGGCCAUAACAAGUAGUGAACAUGUCAGAACAGUUAGUUAAUAUGGCGAGCAACCAGAGGCCUCCAUCAGCACGUCCCAUGUCAAGGGCAGGCAUUGGUUCCAUCCCAAACAGACCUCCAAGUGGCAUGCGAGUCCCACCCACGGCAAGUAGGCUUUCUACAUCGAUGCCACCUGGUACUGCCAGGCCUGGGACGCGUGGUGGGCCCCCUGCAGCAGGUGGAGUUCUCUCAGCUCAAAUAAAAGUAGCUGACAGGCCAGUCACUCAGCAAGGUCUUAGUGGAAUGAAAACCGGAAUGAAAGGUCCACAAAGGCAGAUUAUGGACAAAUCUUACUUUCUUGGACUACUUAGGGGAAAAAUCAAUGAACUUACCGCAGAAGUUACAAAACUUAACAAAGAGAUUGAUACAUAUAAUCAGGAGAACUCUGUGUAUCUGUCCUAUGAGAAAAGAGCUGAAGUGCUUGCUCAGGAAAUUAAAGAACAACAAGGACAGCUUGCAGACUACAACAUGUUGGUAGACAAGCUGAAUACUAACACUGACAUGGAAGAAGUACUUAAUGACUAUAACAUGCUAAAAGCACAGAAUGAUCGGGAGGCCCAGAGCAUAGAUGUGAUUUUUACAGAGAGGCAAUCAAAAGAAGAUCAUAUUCGUGCUGCUGAGGAGGACAUUGAACAUGAGAAACGAGCAGCGGAAGACAUUAUUAAGAAUAUGCCUGAGGAGAAACAAGCUAUAUACUUCACCAUGAAAGCAAAGAAUGAGCAACUUUUAAAGACGCUGGAGGUGCAGCAAAUAGAGCUUGAUUCACUCAAUCAGAAGAAAGAAGCUCUGGAAAUGGAAAUUACACUUUCCCAGGUUAAACAAGAAGCCGUAUUGCUCUAUGAGAAGCUCCAUGAGCUUGAGACUCGUCGAGACCAAGCUAUUGCAGAAGAUAAGAGCAUAGGCUCUCCACAGGAGGAAAGAGAAAAGUUGUUCAAACAGGUAAAAGAAGAUAAUCAGGAAAUAGCUAGCAUGGAACGACAGUUAACAGAUAUUAAGGUAAAGGCUAAGCAACUUAAUGAAGAACUUGGAAGGCUGGAUAUGGAUUUGGAAGAGCACCAAGGAGAGAAGAAGCAGAAGUACAGAGAACUAAGAAAGCGAGAAGAAAGCAUGGACAGAUUUUUUUCCACUUUUGAAGAAAGUAAAAAUCAAGAAAUGGAGCAAAAGUCAGAGUUAGAAGCAAAUAUUGUCACGCUAUUGGAACACUCAAGCAGGAAUAUAAAUCGAAUGAAACAAAUCUCCUCAGUUACCUCUCAAGACCUCAAAAUUAUGCAAGAUGAUCUUACUUUUAAGGAAACUGAAAUGCACAAAUCUCAGAGCACUGCAAAGAAUUUGACAUCUGAGAGCCAACGCUUACAACAGGAUCUUCAGAAAGUGGAGCAGCUGGAAUCCAAGAUAGACAGUGAGAUUCCAUCCCUGAAGGAGAAAAUCCAGCAAAUGUCUGAAGGAUUAAAAAUCUAUAGUGACUUAGAUGCCCUCAGAGCCUCAGCAGAAGAGAAGAAAAAGAAACUUCAAGAGGAUAAAAUCAUUUUAACCAAAUGCAGAGAUACUUUUAAAAAGACGAUGGGCCAACUUAAUUCUGAGAAUGAAAAACUGAAAUCCCAACUGCAGGAUAAUGAGACCCACUCUCAGCUCACAAACCUGGAAAGAAAAUGGCAACAGCAUGAGCAAAACAACUUUGUCAUGAAAGAAUUCAUAGCUUCCAAGAGCCAAGAGAGUGACUACAAGCAAGUCAUGAAGAAUGCAACGAAACAGAUAGCUGAAUACAAUAAAACUCUCAUAGAUGCUCUACAGAACUCCAGGAACUGAAACCUCUAGUUUUUCCUUCCUGCUGUCCAGCAUAUUGGCAGUAGGAUCACUCUUUUUCUUAAGCCUUCAUUUAAACUCUUGACGUUUAAGGAACAUAUAUGUACUCUGCUAAAGCUUUUUAUACCAAUCAUCUGAUGUAAGUAACCUCCGUUAAGAAAAAAUAAAAAUAAGUUAUUUUAC